CCUUUUUUGUGUUGCGUGGGACACCCAUUGUGCUCCCUGCCAGCGUCCCACUGAGACCAAGUCCUCCCCGUGUUUUUCCCCCCCUCUUAGGUAGCCGACACCAGAGAUCUUUUCCAGCUCAGCUCCAACUUCCUGUCGGCUCGCUCCUCCCUCGUCCGCUCGCUCGCCCCAGCCCAGCCUGUCUCUCGCUCGGCUCACUCGUCGUUGGCGUUCGCGUUGACUGGCCAGAGUCCGCGAGCUGAGAGCCCCCACCCCUGUCCCGCUCCUCGCACCACCUUGACCUCACUGACGUCUUCUCUACUUUCCCGCCUUAGGGCUUCCUCAACUUUGCACCACUUCCUGGUUUCGCUGCACGCCCGGCUUGUGAUUGGCCAUGGCUUACCAUAGCUUCCUGAUGGAACCAAUUAGCUGCCAUGCCUGGAACAAAGAUGCUACCCAGGUGGCCAUCUGCCCCAACAACCACGAGGUCCACAUCUACAAGAAGGAUGGGAGCAAGUGGACCAAAAUCCACGAGCUGAAGGAGCACAACGGGCAGGUCACAGGCAUCGACUGGGCUCCUGACAGUAACCGCAUCGUGACCUGCGGGGCGGACCGUAACGCCUACGUGUGGACCCUGAAGGAGGGCGCCUGGAAGCCCACCCUGGUCAUCCUCCGCAUCAACCGGGCGGCGCGCUGCGUCAAGUGGUCGCCACGGGAGAACAAAUUUGCUGUGGGCAGUGGCUCCCGCCUCAUCUCUAUCUGCUACUUUGAGCAGGAGAAUGAUUGGUGGGUGUGCAAGCACAUCAAGAAGCCGAUACGCUCCACCAUCCUCAGUCUGGACUGGCAUCCCAACAAUGUGCUGCUGGCUGCCGGGUCAUGUGACUUCAAAUGCAGGGUGUUCUCGGCCUACAUCAAGGAGGUGGAGGAGAAGCCCAGCCCCACGUCCUGGGGCAGCAAGAUGCCUUUCGGGGAGAUGAUGUUCGAGUCCGGAUUGUCCGCCGCCGAGGGCCAGAGUCCUUUAGGGGGCGGCGGCUGGGUGCACAGCGUCUGCUUCUCCCACUCGGGCAACCGCCUGGCCUGGACGUCGCAUGACUCCACCGUAUCGGUCGCAGAGGGCGGCAAGACCAGCAUCGUGAGCAGUCUGAGGUCCGACACGCUUCCUCUGCUGUGCGUCACCUUCAUCACUGAGAACAGCCUGGUGGCCGCGGGUCACGACUGUUGCCCCAUUCUCUUCAUGCUGGACGCCGCCAAGGGAGGUUUGACAUACGGCGGCAAAAUGGACGUUCCCAAGCAGGCGGCCCAGAAGGGCAUCAGCGCCAGGGAGCGCUUCCAGAACCUGGACCGGCGGGCCUCCGAGACCCAGAGCAACGACAAGGACCUGAGCACCCUGCACAAGAACAGCAUCAGCUACAUCUCGGUGCUGCAAGGAGGACGGAACCAGUGCGCCAAGUUCUGCACCACCGGCAUGGAUGGAGGCAUGUGCAUCUGGGAGGUCAAGACUGUGGAGUCCGCUAUGAAGAACCUUAAAAUCAUCUAAAAAAAAAUGUAUGGAGAAUAUGAAGACUAGGGCUGCCUUAUUAUACCAAGCUUCUACGCCGUAUUUUAAUCUGGUAUUAUAUUUCAUACGCAGCAGACGUGUGUCCGCUAAGUGUAACUUGAGCCAAGAGCUCAAACUGGCUUUUAAAGCACUAUUUGAUAUAACAUAUUAUUAGUAACAAUCUUGAGAGGCUGUAGUCCUGCUCAUUAUAAGCUUAUGCUGGUCAUAAUAUGCAUUUAUUAAUAAAAAAGGAUUGCUUUACA